AGCUCUUCACUCCUCUCUUCUCUCUUUAAGGAGGUACUGGAACCUGUUCGAACUCUCGCUUGUUCUCCUCUGACGGAUAUUUUUAGGACUUUGGUUUGCCUCUCUCAACAGAACAAUGAGCAUUUUGCAGAGAAACUGUGCAGUCUUGUUGGUUGUUGUGGCUGCAGCUUGCGUGGAGCUCUAUCAAGCUCAAACCCCCAUAGGACGCUGUGCAUGUCCCAAGGUCCAGCCAGUCAAAGGCAAAAUAUCAGAUUUCCAAGUCCUUGAAAAGCGGGCCAGCUGUGAGAAAACUGAGUUAAUUGUAACCAGGAUCAACCCCGACAACUCCACCCAGAAGCUGUGCAUGUUCACUGAGGGAGUUAGAGCCAAGCGCCUCUUAUCGUGCUGGGAAAGCAUAAACAAAAAUGAGACACGCAAAAUGGAGUGCAUCGACAGACCGAAAAUGGCAGGGAACAGUACCACGGAGAAGUGAAACACACGAAAAGGAGAGGAAGAAUGGUGAAGAUAGAUAUUUCUCAGAUCUCUGUGAAAUGACGGCGAGGGCAAAGAACGCCGAGAAGGCCAGACGAUUGAGAGCCAGCGGGAUGAAAAGGACGGAAAGGAAAGAAGUUGUGGAGUUGUUAGAUAGAGAUAGAGAUAAAUGCUUGUACAGAAAUAUAGCAGCAAGUCUGUGUAAGAACAGCACUCUAGACAAGCACACACCUUUAUUUUUUGCUUUACACUGGUAUUUAUGUUGAUAUUUAUUUAUUCUGCUUCUUUUUUUGUACAUUUUUAUUGAAUGUCUGUUUAAAUAAAGUUAAUUUUGAUAGAAA